AUGACCGCGAAGCCCCGGUCUCCCCUACCAUUCCACCCCACCGCCCAUCCCAUUCCCCUCCUCCGUCCACCCGCCAGCCCGCCUAACACGGCGCAAGGAGGGAGGGAGAGAGAGAGGGAACCCUCUUCAAACCCUAGAUUUCAGGACUGCAGAUCAGAGCCAUCUGUUAACUCAGAGAACACAGUUUCACCAUGCAGACAUAGUGUAUUUAGAUCACUUAAAGAAAGAACUGGUGGAUUAUUUGCAUUCCUUGGAAACUUUUUCCAUUUGAAAACCUUGAAGAGAUCAAUGCUGGAAGACCGGAAGUCCAUGCAAAAUGCUUUUCACCCUCAAGGACCAUUUCUGCAAAGAUGGAACAAGAUAUUUGUGUUAUCAUGUAUUUUUGCAGUCUCUGUGGACCCAUUGUUCCUCUAUAUCCCGGUUAUCAAUGAUAAAAUUCCUUGCUGGUAUUUGGAUAGGAAGAUGAAAAUCACAGCAAGUGUCCUGCGCUCUUUCACAGAUAUAUUUUAUAUACUCCAUAUCAUAUUCCAGUUUCGGACAGGCUUUAUCACGUCUUCCUCUACAAAUUUUGGCAGGGGUGUAUUGGUCAAGGACAGAUAUGCUAUAGCAAAGCGGUAUCUGUCAACAUAUUUUCUGAUUGAUGUCUGUGCUGUUUUACCCCUCCCUCAGGUGGUCAUUUUGAUCAUUCUGCCUCGUCUUCAGGGCUCACAGUUCAUGAAAGCCAAAAACAUCUUGAUGCUUAUAGUUAUAUGCCAAUAUGUACCUCGGCUAAUCCGGAUAAGGCCAUUAUAUCUUCAAAUCACUAGAUCUGCUGGGAUAAUUACAGAGACAGCAUGGGCUGGUGCUGCCUUCAAUCUAAUAAUUUACAUGCUUGCUAGCCAUGUCCUUGGAGCAGUUUGGUACUUGCUUUCUAUUCAACGGAAAGAUGCCUGCUGGAAACAUGAAUGUAGUCUUAAAACAGGCUGUAAAGCUGCAUAUCUAUACUGUGGGAAUGGUGAUACAAAUGCUGGAAAUGCUUUCUUACAGAAUGUUUGCAUUCCAAGUACGCCCGCAGACAAUCUUCCAGACCCACUCUUUGGAAUCUAUUUGCCAGCUAUAAAUAAUGUUUCGCAAUCAACAAAUUUCUUCGCAAAAUUAUUUUACUGUGUCUGGUGGGGUCUGCAAAAUCUCAGUUCGCUUGGCCAAAACCUAAAAACAAGCACUUAUGCUUGGGAGAAUUUGUUUGCAGUUUUUGUCUCAAUAUCAGGCUUAGUUCUGUUUUCACUUCUGAUCGGUAAUAUGCAGACUUAUUUGCAGUCAGCCACUCUGAGAAUAGAAGAAACUAGAGUGAAAAGCCGUGACACAGAUCAAUGGAUGUCAUAUCGACUUCUUCCUGAUAACCUCAAGGAGCGAAUACGACGUUAUGAACAAUACAGAUGGCAAGAGACAAGCGGGGUUGAUGAAGAGCACCUCCUGAUGAACCUCCCGAAGGAUCUUAGAAGGGCUAUAAAACGACAUCUUUGUUUAUCACUUCUCAAGAGGGUUCCAAUGUUUGAAAAAAUGGAUGAUCAGCUCUUGAAUGCUUUGUGCGACUGCCUAAAGCCUGUUUUGUACACAGAAGGUGGCUACAUCGUUCGUGAGGGGGAUCCAGUAAAUGAAAUGAUCUUUAUCACGAGAGGAAACCUCAUGAGCAUGACAACAAACGGUGGAAAAACUGGCUUCUUCAACUCUGAUGUUCUGAAAAGUGGAGAUUUCUGUGGCGAGGAGCUUCUUACCUGGGCUCUUGAUCCCAAUUCAGCAACCAGUCUCCCCAGCUCAACCAGGACAGUGAAGUCAAUGUCUGAAGUUGAAGCCUUUGCUUUGAUGGCUGAAGACCUGAAGUUUGUAGCCACACAGUUUCGCCGGCUACACAGCAAACAGCUCCGGCACACCUUCAGGUUCUAUUCCCAGCAGUGGAGAACUUGGGCCGCUUGUUUCAUACAAGCGGCCUGGCACAGGCGCUGCAGAAAGAAGAUGGAAGAUGCUCUGCGCGAGAAGGAGGAGAGGCUGCAACUCGCGAUUGUGAACGACGGUUCCACUUCGCUCAGCUUUGGUGCGGCAAUAUACGCUUCACGUUUUGCUCGCAACAUGAUGCGGACCUUGAGGAGAAAUGCCACCCGGAAGGCCCGGCUGCAGGAAAGGGUGCCUGCAAGGCUGUUGCAGAAGCCAGCAGAACCCAACUUUUCCGCCGAGGAGCAGUAG